AUGCAGACCGUAUGCUAUGAUGUCAGCGUCAGUACUGAGAAAGAAACGGAUGCUGAUAUGAUGAGCGAUGGUCGAGCGCAAAGCGAACGCGAUCUGGUAUCCCAUAAGUUGGAAUUGGUGAUGAAAAUUGUGGUAUUCUUCACCUCUUAUCAACCUCUUGUUACUAGUAUGGCUGAGAGGAAACUUUAA